AUGGCGCAACCGCAGCAUAUCGAACAGUCGCCUUAUUUGCACGCUGCUGAGGAUGAUGAAAACGCAGAAUUAUUUUCUGCAGUUCUCUCGACGCUUGACAGAGAGCAGUUGCCCCUGCUUGCGAGCGCCAUUCUACGGCGCCUUCAGCCACCCUAUCAAACUACCGAUGCGAAACCCUCAGUCGGCGAGCCUUUCAAAUGGGAUGAGUUGUCUGUCUCGGCCCUGACCUCCGAGGCGAAUACAAUGCGCCUGUUGAAGCGCGAGACCACUAUCCCUCUACCUGAUGUUUUGGACUUCUCUUCGACCACGCAAAACACUCUCCGAUGCCCUUACAUUAUUAUGACCUUCAUUUCCGGAAUCCCUCUAUACAACGUCUGGUUUGGACACCGUCUGAACGGCGUCAGGCCCGACACCACUCGUUUACGCCGAAUUCGCGCCCUCGAAAGCAUUGCCUCGGCAAUGGUGCAGCUGGACAGAUUUUCAUUUCAAACCGGCGGCCGUCUUCUGUUUGGAAGCGAUGGCAACCCAUCUGAUAUCGGGCCUAUGCGACGAAUUGAUCACAAGGCUAUGCUUGACCGAUGGUUUGUUCUUAAAGAUCCAGGCGAUGACCCAAUCUAUAUUGAGUGUGCGGCAUCCAGCGACCCGAAAGAAUACUACACCCUCAUGCUCGACAUACACCCCGAACAGAACCCGGUUCCUAGGGGUCUCGCGACGCUCUUGCGCCAGCUGAUCAGCUGGAUCUCUGAGCCCAGUAGAAUGGAUCCCUUCGUUCUUGCACAUCCAGACUUUGACAUCCAGAACUUUAUAGUAUCUGAAGAGGGCGAGCUCCAAGGUAUCAUUGAUUGGGAUGGGGUCGCUGCUGUGCCUCGCACUCUUGGCAACGAGAGAUACCCCGGGUGGCUCACGCGCGACUGGGACCCGGCUAUGUACGGAUAUAAGGAGUCUAUGGAACAUGGGGUGGAACCAGAAGGUGUGUGGGAAGAUUCUCCCGAAUGUCUCGCCUACUACCGCGACAUCUAUGGUGGCAUAAUGGCAAGACAUCGUAUGGAGAGAAGAGGAGGAUCCGAAGCCAACCUCUGCCGAGUAUCCCUCAUUACGGAAAACUUAGCCAUUGCGGUGGAUGAUCCUCGAUGCCGAAAUGCAAUUCUGCGCAAAAUGGUGCAUGAAAUAUGGACUGCUGCGGGAGGAGGUGAGCAACCGGACUUCACGGACCUAGCCGACAUGUUCGCCGAGAACAACAUGGAUAUCGAGGUGAUGGAAACCCUCCAUAGGGGCUUUAACACGCUUCUGUCGAAGAAAGAGUUGUAG